AUGAGUGUUACUUUUGCAGUGGGUGAAGCCUCAUCGGCUCAUGCGAAAUCAGAAGAGAUUAGUAAUGAUUGGCUCGAUCGUUUGACGGUUCCACCUACCAAUAUUACUUACAACAGUUACAGAAUAGCAGAAAUCAAUCGCACCAGUGAAAGUAUUACCCCUAUAGAAUUUGUAUUCCCAGGCAGUCGAGAAUAUCUGGAUUCUUUAAGAAAACAGAUGGAGGAAGUCUGGCAGAUGCGGAUAGCCGAUUAUUGGCUCCUAAUGCGUUUCACGCAAUCAUCAUACAACCUUCUGUCACGUCAACAGAGCCUUAAUCACCGAACAGACAGAUACGUAUGCCUACAAAGCUUACUUGGAAACCAUCCUGAAUCAUGGAACAGGAGAGGAAACCAUCCUUAAACCGCAGGGAGAUUACACAACCUUAGAUCACCCACUAAUACUUACAGCUAAUAGCGUUGACAAAACCACACCGCACGCACACUACACAGCUCUAAACGCAGAACGAAAAGAGACCGUAGAGAACUCUCUUCUCAUGGAGGACAGAGUUGUGGAUGGAAAUACCAUGUAA